UUAACUUUAGUCCAAACGAGAAUAACGGUUUCUCUGAGUACCAUACCACACGAACCCCUAGGUACUCGCUAGCUGCGGCUAGCUGCUCCAACCUGAAGCCCCCUUGGAUUUGUAUGGAAGCGGUCAGCAUCACCAGUGAAGUUCCCGUUCCUCCGUGACAAUGGAGAAGGUUUUACUCCUGUCCCUUCUGCUAUUGAACAUGCAUCAGGCUACAGCAGCUCCCAAAGGCGUCACGGCCAGCCUGAAAGCCAGGUGGAGCAUGACACCCUUCCUCCUGGAGGCCAGUGAGUUUAUUGCAGAAGAUGGGAAUGAAAAAUUCUGGCACUUUGUGGACACUGUUAAGGAACUGACUGUUUACAAGCAAGGAGAAUCUGUGCGCUCAUAUUACAACUUGAUUAUCAAAAAGGCAGCUCAGUUCCUGUCACAUCUUCAGGUGAAUCUGCUCCGAUUUGCUCUGGCUAUGCGGUCCUACUCACCCGCUGUCCAUGCAUCCCAACAGAUAGCCAGUGAUGAGCCUCCACCUGAAGGCUGUCCUGCCUUUGUUUCUGUCCACGGUCAGCGCAGCUGCAGCACCAAGGACAUCAAGAAGCUCCUUAAGGCAGCAGCAGGCAGGCAAAAGCCAUACUUAUACAAGAAUGAUCACACAUAUCCAGGAGUCAAUAAAACUGAUGUGCCUGUUGUGAUUCUCUAUGCUGAAAUUGGAACCAAGAAGUUCAACUCGUUUCAUAAGGUGCUGUCAGAGAAAGCAGAGGAAGGCACACUGGUUUAUGUUCUGCGGCAUUUUGUCCUGAAAAUAAAGCCUCAAAAUGUGCUUUUAUCAGGAUACGGUGUUGAGUUGGCCAUUAAAAGCACAGAAUACAAAGCUGUGGAUGACACCAAAGUUAAAGAUUCAAAGACGGUUAUAAAUGCUGAGGAUGACAAGAAUGAAGAAGUGCAAGGAUUCUUUUUUGGCACAUUAAAAAAGUCUCAUCCAGAGCUCCAGGAGCAACUUGGUGAAUUUCGGAAGCAUCUCCUGGAAAGUGCUAAUGACCUGGCCCCUCUCAAAGUGUGGGAAAUGCAAGAUUUAAGUUUCCAGGCCGCUGAGAAAAUCAUGUCUGUGCCGAAGUUUGAUGCCUUAAAGGUCAUGCGAGACCUCAGUCAAAACUUUCCAAGCAAGGCAAGAUCACUGACAAGAGUGGCCGUAAAACAGGAAAUGAGAAAAGAAAUUGAGGAGAACCAACAGCGUCUUGGUGAGACAAUGGGGAUUCAGCCAGGAGACGGGGAGCUGUUUAUAAACGGAUUGCACAUUGAUCUGGACGUUCAUAACCCUUUUAGCCUUUUAGAUAUCCUCAGAGGAGAGGCAAAGGUCUUAGAGGGGCUUCAUAACUUAGGCGUUAAGGGAGAGCAUCAGGGCAAGCUGCUUAGGUUACCUGUGAACGCCGUGGAUGACAGCUACGCCUUGGAUAUCCGACAUCCAGCUAUAAUGUGGAUGAAUGAUAUUGAAAAUGACCAGAUGUACCGAAGCUGGCCAGCAAGCGUGCAGGAGCUCCUUAGGGCCACCUUUCCAGGCGUCAUCCGACAGAUCAGACGUAAUUUCUUUAACCUGGUCUUGUUUUUAGAUCCACUACAGGAAGAAACUGUUGAGUUGGUGAAACUAGCCGAGCUUUUCUUCAAGCAUAAAAUCCCCCUGAGAAUUGGAUUUGUGUUUGUUGUCAACACCAAAGAUGAGAUUGAUGGCUUCUCAGACGCAGGAGUUGGAUUUUACCGGCUACUGAAUUACAUCACAGACGAGUAUGAUUUAUCCCAGGCUGUGAUGUCUAUAGUCUCACUCUACAAGACAGUAAAAGCUGGGGAAAUAUUAUCUACCGACACAAUUUCUGCUUACCUGAAGAAAAAAUACCCAAAAGCUGAUGAAGAAAGGAUUUUGGGAGUCGAUUCAGAAUAUGACUAUAAAAGAAAGGAAGGAGCUCUUUUCUACAGGAAAAGUGGCCUAGGUGCCUUGCCUCUGGCGUUAUUUAAUGGGGUUCCUCUGAACCCAGAUGAGAUGGACCCAGAAGAGCUGGAGACCAUAAUCCUGCAGCGCAUAAUGGACACGACUGCUACCUUUCAGAGAGCCGCCUUUAUGGGUCAGUUAACAGAGGGCUCCAAUGUGGUGGACUACAUAAUGGAUCAAGCAAAUGUGGUUCCCAGGAUGAACCCACUCAUUUUAAGCAGUGACCGAAAAUACCUGGACCUGACCGGGACACCAGUUGUAGAUGAUUGGGAGGAUACAACUAUGUUUUCAUACUUGGACUCUAAGGACAAAACAGCUGUGAUGGCUAAAAGACUGAAGUAUUUUACUAAUAGUGAUGAGGAUGGGAUGACUGCUGUGACCAUGUGGGUAGUCGCAGAUUUUGAGAAGGUUUCAGGGCGAAAGCUGUUGCUUAAUGCUUUAAAACAUGUGAAGUCCAGUCCAGGCCUGCGUGUAGGGGUGAUAAAUAACCCCAGUGGAAAGCUCAGCGAAGAUAACACUGUGGUGUACAGAGCUGUCUGGGCCUCUCUCCUCACCCAGAAGAAUAAGGCUGCAUCGGAGUUUGCACAGAAACUCCUAAAAGAAGAGAGCAGCCAGCUCCUUCACCAGGAGACUAAGAUCAAGGACUUGGUUAUGCAGGGAAUGGACCUAGAUGCCUUUGAGAAGAAGUUCAACACACUUGAAUUGGAUUUUAUCCGCAGUCAGCAGAUGUUCUGUCAAGAUGUCCUGAAGCUUCGUCCUGGACAGCGGGCAGUUAUCAGCAAUGGAAGGAUCCUCGGUCCGUUUGAAGAGCAUGAAGAAUUCACUGCAGAGGAUUUUAACUUGCUUGAGAGGAUUACACUGAGUGGUUCAGCAGAGAAAGUCAAAGCCAAAGUAAAACAGAUGGGGAUGAAACCAAAGCAAGCUAGUGACUUGGUCAUGAAAGUGGAUGCCCUGCUCUCUGCAGUCCCUAAAGGAGAGGUUAGAAGAGAUAUCAGCUUUAAAGACACCCAAAGUGUGCUCCAUCUUUCACCACGUGAACAUGAGGUGUUCUAUGAUGUCGUGGCCAUCGUUGAUCCCCUCACUAGAGAGGCGCAGAAGAUUUCUUCACUCCUGAUUGUGCUUAGUCAAGUGGUCAACAUGAAACUGCAGGUGUUUAUGAAUUGCCGGGCCAAGUUGUCCGAGUUGCCCCUCAAGAGUUUUUACAGAUUUGUUUUGGAGCCUGACGUGGCUUUCUUAGCCAACGACACAGCGUCUCCAGGGCCAUUCGCCCGCUUUGAGGAUCUCCCGGAAUCUCCCCUGCUUACCCUUAACAUGAUCACACCGGAGAGCUGGAUGGUGCAGGCAAAGCACAGCCUCUAUGAUCUGGACAACAUCCACUUGCAGGAGGUUAAUGGGGUUGUGGCAGCAGAAUUUGAACUGGAGCAUCUCUUACUGGAGGGCCACUGCUUUGACCUGUCAACCGGUCAGCCACCACGCGGAUUACAGUUUACCUUGGGCAUGAGUCAGGACCCGCUCAUGUAUGACACCAUUGUCAUGGCUAAUCUGGGAUAUUUCCAGCUGAAGGCUAAUCCAGGAGCCUGGGUUCUGAGAUUACGUCAAGGAAGAUCAGAAGACAUCUAUCAGAUUGUCACACAUGACGGAACUGAUUCCCCACCUGACGCUGAGGAUGUUAUAGUUGUGUUAAACAGCUUCCACAGUAAGAUCAUCAAAGUUAGGGUCCAAAAAAAAGCAGAAAAGAUUAAUGAAGACCUUUUGAGUGAAACCAGUGAAAGCAAAGGAAUAUGGGACUCCAUAGUAAGUGUUUGGAGCACUUUUGAAAAAAGCAUCACAGGUGUUGGCUCAAAGAAGGAUGAAAAAGAGAAGAAAAAGGAAGAUAUUCUUAACAUAUUUUCUGUGGCCUCUGGUCAUCUGUAUGAACGAUUUCUGAGAAUAAUGAUGCUGUCUGUCCUGCGCCAUACAAACACACCUGUCAAGUUCUGGUUCCUUAAAAACUACCUUUCACCUUCUUUUAAGGAGACCAUCUCUCACAUGGCCAAGUCGUAUGGCUUCCAGUAUGAGUUGGUGCAGUACAAGUGGCCCCGCUGGCUCCACCAGCAGACAGAAAAACAGCGGAUUAUUUGGGGAUACAAGAUCCUAUUCCUUGAUGUUCUGUUCCCUUUAGCCGUGGACAAGAUCAUUUUUGUGGACGCUGAUCAGAUCGUUCGGGCUGAUUUAAAAGAGUUGAGGGACUUGGACUUAGAAGGAGCUCCCUAUGGCUACACACCAUUUUGUGACAGCCGCAAAGAAAUGGAAGGGUAUCGUUUUUGGAAGAGCGGGUAUUGGGCCUCACAUCUUGGACAAAGGAAAUAUCACAUCAGCGCUCUGUACGUGGUGGAUUUAAAGAAGUUCCGUAAAAUUGCAGCUGGAGACAGAUUGCGGGGUCAGUACCAAGCUUUAAGCCAAGACCCGAACAGUCUGUCCAACCUGGACCAGGACCUUCCUAACAACAUGAUCCAUCAGGUGGCCAUCAAGUCUCUUCCUCAGGAGUGGCUGUGGUGUGAGACGUGGUGUGAUGACGCCUCUAAAGUUACCGCUAAGACCAUAGACCUGUGUAAUAAUCCAAAGACCAAAGAGCCCAAGCUGAUGGCUGCAGCAAGGAUCGUGCCUGAGUGGGUAGAAUAUGACAAGGAGAUAAAGGAGCUGCUAAGGCAAGUCCAGGAACAGACGCCUGCUCCCUCACCACAUAAAAAAGAGAACCGGCGGGAUGAACUUUAGCGUCUGCCAGAAGCAUGGUGAAGAGGAAGCUGGCAGCACCUUUUUGCACGCAGGCCACCUGUGAAGCUUGAAGACAGGCAGUUUCAGCUAAACAUAGCUGUGGAGCGUUCCAUCCCCAGCCGGAUGAAAAGGAUGUGAUAUUUUCAGAGCUGUCAUAUCUGCUUCUGAAGUCAGUAAAAGUCUCACAAACUCAGCACAGGAUUUAAUUGUUAAAGGGCAGCCAGGAACCCACGGCUUGAAGCUCGACGGUCAGACUGUCUGUACGCUGUUAGAGGAAAAUCAUAAACAGCAUUUUAAAGCAAUACAUGUUUGCUUUAAGAGAAAUAUCUGGCAAAUGUUGCCCUGUUCAGGCAUUGAUCUUGAUAUCGUUUAGUAUUUCGUAUUAUAAUAAACUCAGUUGUUUUUAUAUUGUUCUUAAUUUAACUGCAAAGCAAGACUUUUCUUUCGCCUUUAAUGGCAAACCAAAGUAGACGGUUUAUAGAUUUCACAAACUGCAUUAUAGACAGUCAGCCAUUUGUUAAACCCCACCCACCUAUCAUAUAGGAUUACUCCUCACAUGGCAUCUCUAACACUGUAAAUGUAGCAGUAGGUCCUGCCUUCAUUCAUUUUACCCUGCAUGUCUGUUGUUUCUUCCAGCAGUCCCUGACCAACGUUAGUCACGUGUCUGUUCACCUGACCUUGGAUUCAAAUUCAUACAAAUGAUUCAUUUUCAAGACUGAUAUUUUAGCUUGUUCUUUUAAUGAACCUCAAGCUAGAGUGGAUAUCCUUUAUAUAAAAACAAAGUGAUUAUUUUUUUGUCCAUUUCAGUUAUCAUCAAAGCAAAAAGAAAAAAAAUGAAUCAAGUUUUAAAAUCAGAUGUAUUCCAGUUUCCUUUUCCCACAAUGGAAAAUACUGAUCCAGUUCCUCAGUUUUCUUUACUCCUAAAGAUGGUGCCGGUACAGAGACUAGAUUACCAAAAGCGGUAAAAGUCAGUAACUUCUGUAAGCAUCUUACACAAGGUUUAAGGGUUAGGUUCAUGGUUACAUGAGAAACCCAGAACUGCAGCCUUCGCUCUGUGGAGGCCUAUCACACCUUUGCACAUCCAACCAUGCAGGUGGUUGGAACAUCUAAUUUAGUCAUUUAAUAGUGUGACUCGAUAUUCAAAAAACAUUGGCUGUUUGUCAAUGAGUGUACUUCUGCGUUCUCAUGUUCUUAUGAAACGUCAUCAUCCUCACCCCCAGUAGUGUUUCAAUUCACAAGAACACAAGACCGAGAACAGACAAAGACCCCGGAUGUUGUUCCCGCCCCUCCCUCUUCACCCUGUAUGCAUCAGAGCAGACUUGAGUGUUCUCGGGAUUGACAGCUUUCACAGCAUGCACCGCGGCAGCAGCAGCUUCCAGGUUAGCUCCCACAAAACAGAGUAGUAAGUUCUCUUCUCUUUUGCCGUUGUUCUAUAAGUAUCUCUCUAAGUAUGUUUAAAGAUCAUUGGAGGUGAGAGCAUUAUACUUUUAAGCAUCAGUAUAUGGCCCAUUUACGGAUUUAGAGUGUAAUU